AUGUCCACCGAGAAACCUCGCAAAUCACUCAUCCUGAAUGCCUUCGUGGAAAUGUGCAGCGGACACCAGUCCCCUGGGCUAUGGAGACAUCCCGAGGAUGAGUCGCAUCGCUUCAACGAUGUCGACCAUUGGGUGGAGUUAGCGCAGCUCUUGGAAUCGGCCAAAUUCCACGGAAUUUUCAUCGCAGAUGUUCUUGGAGGCUACGACGUCUACAAAGGCCCUAGAAAUCUCGAUCCCGCGAUAAUUUCCGGCGCGCAAUGGCCAGUGAAUGAACCCUUGGCUGUAGUUCCUGCUAUGGCAGCGGCCACCAAAAACAUCGGGUUUGGUGUCACAGUUACAACAACAUAUGAACCUCCAUACCAUCUCGCUAGGCGACUUUCGACGGUUGAUCAUCUCACCAAGGGCCGCCUGGGUUGGAACGUCGUCACAGGAUAUCUUGAUUCCGCCGCUCGCAACCUAGGCCAAGCCGAACAGCCCCAUCACGACGACCGUUAUCUUCUCGCAGAAGAAUAUAUCAAAGUCACCUACAAGUUAUGGGAGUCAUCUUGGCGUCAAGACGCCGUGAUUCGAGACCGCGAGCGCGGCAUCUAUACAGACCCCACAGGCGUGCGAGAGAUUAACCAUGUAGGCAAAUACUACAAUGUGCCCGGGCCACAUUUGUGUCAGCCAAGUCCACAACGUACCCCGGUGAUUCUACAAGCAGGAACCUCCAAGGCAGGCAAGACGUUCGCAGCGCAGCAUGCCGAGGCGAUAUUCGUGGGUGGCCACAGUCCUUCCGUGGUAGCGAAGAACGUGAAGGAAAUUCGCGAGUUGGCUCAGAAUGAGUUCGGUCGUGAUCCUCGAAGCAUCAAGUUCCUUGCUCUGAUCUGUCCUGUUUUGGGUAAAACUGAGGAAGAAGCAGUUGAGAAGUUCAAGCAUUACCGUAGCUUGGGAUCAAUCGAUGGUGCUCUUGCGCUCUUCGGUGGAUGGACUGGCAUCGAUUUGGAUACUUAUGGAGACGACGAAGAACUGCGACAUGUUGAGAGUAACGCGAUUCGAUCUGCCGUCGAGGGAUGGUCAAAAGCCACACCCGGGGUGGCCAAGUGGACGAAGGCUACUGUCGGCCAGCACAUCACUGUUGGCGGUCUGGGGGCGACGCCUGUUGGAACAGCCGCCCAAGUCGCGGAUAACAUGGAGCGCUGGGUGGAAGAGGCAGAUGUCGACGGCUUCAACUUGGCAUAUGCCAUCAAACCCGGAUCCUUCAAGGAUAUCAUCGAGCUCUUGAUCCCAGAGCUGCGAAAGCGUGGACUUUUCUGGGAUGACUAUGCCGCCCCCAAGGGAACAUACCGGGAGAACCUCUAUGGAGAACCAGGACAGUCAGGUCCCCCAGCAGACCAUCCCGCCUCGAAGUAUCGGUGGAAUGCUGGGGUUGAUGCCGCAGAUGCUCCUGUCCCAGAUAAUUGA